GCCACCGGAUCUCCCAGCACCGACAGUUCUAGAGAGAGAAACCAUUCUAGAGCGAGAAAUAUAAAGCUCUAUGUAUGUAUAGUUGUAGGUGAUGAAUUGGUGAUGAUCCAGACACUGAACCAGCAAUGGAGCCAAGAUCUAGGGUUUGGGUUUUCCCAAUAAGCCCUUCCCAAUCCCCCAUCUUCCAGUUGACUCAUUUCCCGAUCUUCUUCUUCGUCAUCUUCACCCUCACAAUCCCAAUCACCUCCUCAAUUCCAAACCCCAUUUCCCAAAUCCCAUAUGCCAAGCACUGCAACAACGUCGUUCCAGAGUCCGCCCAGACCAGCAGGAGGCUCAACGACGACGCUUUCCUCCGGAUUCGUAUCGCCUAUUUCGCCGGCGGCGAUCCUGUUCUCGGCGGCAAUGCUCAGGAGUCCGUGUCUUUUCGUGCCCAGGGCGCGUUCGAGACAGUAGCCAGCGGCGUGUUCAAAGUCGAGGGUUGGGUGACUUUCUGGGCCCCGAGGUUCGCGGGUUUUUCGGGGAAUUCGACCCGCCGGAGAUUGCGGCUGAUCAAUUACCGGCCUCCGAGGAUGCCGUUCCGCCGGCGCAAAUUAGGGUUUCGGCUACAUGGGUUUUGGUCCGAAUCUUCGGGAAAGCUAUGUAUGGUUGGCUCAGGUUUGAAUUCAUUACACUCUAUGAAUGCCGUUCUUAAGCUUCAUUAUCCGAAUGUUUCGACUCUUGACACUAGUUUGGUUACUGGAACGUUGGAAAGUCUGGAUGCGAGGGAUAGUUCGAACCAUUUCGAACCGAUUUCGAUGUUGGGUUUGUCAAUGAUGAAUUACCAAUACAAAUUGGUGGAUAGAGAGAAUGAUAAUGGAGGAUUUAGUGAAUUUGAUAAAAUGGAGAAUGCCUCUCUUGGUAUGGAAUCCCAGCAUACUGUGUGCUCGGCGUUCAGGUCUGCUGGGCGGUUUGAAUUGGAGUAUAUGGAUGAUUGUGCGUCUAUCAAUUGCAAUCCUCUUGGGGGAGGAGGUGGAAUUCCACCUGCUUUUAUGUUUUUCAAUGAAAUUCAUUGUACAGGGAACUGGAAAGGGCGAUAUUUGCUAGAUUUUACAAACUCCAGCAACAAUGAAUAUCGGCUGUCUUUUAAUCCAAAAACAACUUUAGUUGCUGAGGGAGAGUGGAACAUAAAGAAGAAACAUCUUGACAUAGUUGCUUGCCGUAUAUCCAGUUCCACGGAUUCUGUGGCAAAGGCUUCACUUGGGGAUUGUUCGCUUAGGUUGAGCUUGAGGUUUUUGGCAGCCUUGUCAUUGAGGAACAGGAGUCCUGUUGUUGGGCAAAUGUGGAGUAAUAAAAGCACGAACGAUUUGGGCCAUGUUGGUAGAAUUGCAUUUUGGAGCACUUCAAACGGGCAUGUUAGACUUCCUGAUCUGAAAUAUGAGUAUAGCGGAAUUGAUGAUGUCAGAAAAUCUUGUACCAAAGAGAUGAUUGGUAAACACAAAGGAGGGACAUUUCCAAAUGGGUAUUCAUCCGACAUGAGAUUUGACAUGGCAGUGAGAAAUAGUAAAGGGCAAGUAGCGUGGGGCUACUCAUCUCCACUAUCCGUGGGUGAUAGGUUUUAUAAACCCCAUCAGAUGUUUGCAAGGUCAGCUGAGCCUGCAGUUCAAGUGAGUAACAGCCAAAGCAGUACGUUGAAUAUCAGCUAUGUCAUCAGCUUCAAUACUCCAGCUAAUUUCAAGCUAGGCGGUGAACCAUUGUUGACGAAUUCUGUUGAAAUUUCAGCUGAAGGGAUAUACAAUGAAAAGACUGGAGCACUUUGCAUGGUAGGCUGUCGUCACAUUGAAUCACUUAAUAUAAGUUCAUUUAAGAAGCAAUCUCUUGAUUGUGAAAUUCUUAUCAGUAUACAGUAUCCUCCAUUAAAUUCAAAGGAUGGAAGUUAUGUCGAAGGAACCAUUGGGAGCAGGCGAAGUAAGUCUGACUCUUUGUACUUUGAGAAACUGGAAGUGGCAGCAACUUCCAUUUUCACGAACCAAGCCAGAGAAUCGAUAUGGAGAAUGGACCUGGAGAUUACCAUGGUCCUGAUUACCAAUACGCUUGCGUGUAUCUUUGUGGGCAUGCAGCUAUUUUAUGUUAAGAAGUACCCAGAUGUCCUUCCCUUCAUUUCGGUUGUGAUGCUGACUGUUCUGACCCUAGCACACAUGAUUCCCUUAGUACUAAAUUUUGAAGCCUUUUUUUUCGAAAAACAUAACCGGCAGAAUGUUUUCCUUGGAAGUGGAGGAUGGCUUGAAGUAAAUGAGGUACUCGUGAGAGUCAUUACAAUGGUAGUCUUCCUUUUGCACUUUCGUCUUCUCCAACAGACGUGGUCUUCAAGAGUUGACGAUGGAAGCCAGAAGUGCCUAUGGGUUUCUGAUAAAAAGGUUUUCUACUUGUCUUUACCUUUGUAUGUAGGGGGCGGGUUGGUCGCUUGGUUUGUGCAUCAGUGGGUGUACUCUUACAGGAGUCCAUUGCUUCGACUACGGCAUGUUGGUGUUCAGCAGCCUUCUAUCUGGGAAGACUUAAAAUCUUACGGGGGAUUAAUCUUGGAUGGGUUUCUACUUCCACAGAUAGUGUUCAACACAUUCUGCAAUACGAGGGAGAAGGCACUUGCCCCCUCCUUCUACAUGGGGACUACUAUGGUUCGCUUGCUGCCCCAUGCAUAUGAUCUUUACAGAGCUCAAAUUUCUACCUGGUACUUUGAUGCCAUAUAUGCAAGUCCCAGGAUGAAUUACUAUUCAACUGCCUGGGAUAUCAUCAUAUCUUGUACCGGUCUGGUAUUUAUCCUCUUCAUAUACUUGCAGCAACGAUUCGGGGGCCCGUGCUUUCUUCCCAAGAGAUUUAGAGAUAGUUCUGUAUAUGAAAAAGUGCCUGUUGUUAAUAGUGAGUACUUCCAGGAAAGCCAAGCCAUCAUCAGCUAGACAAGUUUUGAUUUCUUCACUGUGCCUUUUUUCUUUGUGAUGUUUUGGAGGGGUGGGGGAGGCUUGUUUGUUAAGGUUCUUUUUAUUAUUUGGUUCUCUCAGUAUGCCAAGUUUUACUGCUACAUACAGAUCAGAAUCUGAAGAAGAAAUAUGGGGCUGUGAUGAUUUUGCUUUU